CCGUUUAUCUACGGUCCGGUCAACAAAUCACAAACGUAACCUUGAAACGGAUCCACGAGUGAACCCCCCAAACCACACAUCGUCCGUCAUCCAGACAGAAAUGAAGUCGGAAGCGUUGGAUUAACAUAAAAUUUUCCCGCUGCCGUCUGUGUGCGAAAAAAGGGGAAAAUCCUCUCUGUGACGCCGCAACCCCCUUCGACGUCGGAACUGAAGCGUCGCCGCCAUCGAUCGCGACUCAGUGCGCGAAAUCGGUCCGUCGCCUUUUACAUCGUCAGUGUUUAUCGGGGGUCAGGUCGAGACCAGACCGUGGACGUCUUGUCGCACAUCCAUCAAUGGACACCGCACCAUAAAACCUGUUGGAGCAUGUGCUGUGUGUUGAUUUCGUUGCUGCUGAUGUUCAUGAUGCUGAUGUGAGUGCUGGUGCAAGGACCUUGUGCAAACAUGAAGUGAUCUGACAUAUGGGAUAAAUAACCUGUAUGUGAUAAAAACCCCGUAAGAAAUCAAUCACGCUCAAUCACCAAGUACAAACCGGAACAAAAUGAACGGACGCUCAAAGGACAAGGUCUCCUCCAUCUUCAGGAAGCUGUUCAAGUCGUCGAACAAGGAGGGCGAGGGCCCGAGCAAGCCGACGCCGUCGGGCAGCGGAUCACCGGCCAGGCGAUUGCUGAGAGGAUGCAGGGACCAGGUGGCGCCCGCUGCCCCCCAAGGUAGUCCCGGCUUCAGCGCCAAGGCGAAGAAGGGCGAGGAGGUGCCGUCCAACAAGACGGUGCGCGCCAGGAGGCUGAUGAAGGAGUUCAGGGACCUGCAGAAGCUGCAGAACUCGAAGAAGGAUCCGGUGUUCACCGUCGAACUGGUGGACGACAACCUGUUCGAGUGGCACGUGAAACUGUACAAAAUCGACAGUGACAGUGAUCUAGUUAACGACAUGAAGGAACUCGGUUUGUCGCACAUCCUGCUGCAUCUGGUGUUCCCGGAGAACUUUCCGUUCGCACCGCCCUUCAUGCACGUGAUCUCGCCCAGGAUAGAGAAGGGCUUCGUGAUGGAGGGCGGCGCCAUUUGCAUGGAGCUGCUGACGCCGCGCGGAUGGGCCAGCGCCUACACGGUGGAGGCUGUUAUCAUGCAGUUCGCCGCCAGUGUGGUGAAGGGCCAGGGGCGCAUACAGCGAAAGAACAAGGGCCAAAAAGUGUUCAGUAGGAGAACAGCCGAGGAAAGUUUUCGAUCUUUAGUUAAGACACACGACAAAUAUGGAUGGGUCACGCCCAGCCUAGCUGACGGUUAGAUUUUUUACGUAUACUUGUUUCGAUACGAGAACAAAUUAAACAAAUCCGUUCCGACUUUAAUGGUGUUAUCUGGUUUUCAGAUUAUAUGUAUUUUAUAAUGAACUUUUGAUAAUAUUUCACUGAUAUGUUUCCAAUGUACGUGGAGUAGAUUGUUUUUGAACCUUUGGCGGAAAUUGGUGAUAACUGGCUAAGCAAUUAACAUAUCCAACAUUUCCAUUGGUUGAUAAAGUUUGCAGUACUGCUAGAUAACUUAUCCAAAACAUUCUUCUUCACAAACUGUUUUUAACGUCAACUUAGUAAAACAUAGUUUUCAACUUCAAAACAUACAUCAUGAUUCGGAGUAAUCACCAAUUUCGGUAAAUUACCAAACACAAGUGUUAUUAUUAGCAAAACAUGCCUCAAUAUCUGAUUAUGAAACUGACAUGUCUAUUAUUAACAGAUUAAAAUUAUGUUAAAUCGUUGUUUUGGUGUCUGUUCGUAAUAUACGAGGGCGAUGUUUUAUGUAAUCACAUAAGUAAUACUCGUGUUUAGAAAAGAUUUAGAGCAGUGGUGUAUUCAUGGUAUGAUAAUCAAAACUACUAUAUCAUAAACAGAUAAAUUUUGCUUAUACGUCCUUUCUAAAUAUAAAUAAAAAAAUUGUUAUAACAUGCCAAAGUUUGAUCUCAAUUUAUUUAGUUGAAGGAUUGUAGUAAAAUUUAUUUAAUUAGAUUAUAGAAAUAAAUAUUGUUAUAUUUUUUAAAAUGUUACUUAUACAAGAAUAGAUGGAUAUUAAUUUUUAGUGCCAGUAUUAGGUUUAUAAUGAUAGAUUUUAUGUGAUAUUAGUUUAUAUUUGUUGCUCAAAUUUAUUUAACGGACACACCUGUUAAUUUAGUACACCUAAAAUUUACACAAGUUAAUAAAUAUUUUCGAAUCGUGUCCAUAUUAAUAAAAAACAAAAUUCCAAUAUGCUCAUUAUUUAUGUGAACUCAUUAACAUGUUCAGUAUUAAUUUAUGGUUAAGGUUUGUGGCUAAUGAGUGUUAAUUGUGUGCAUUUACUUUUAUACAUAAAUGUUUUGUCUUCCAAUAUUAUAUUUUUUUGUUUAUUUCGUAUUUAUCUUUAGAUAUAGAUGCAGUCUAUUUUAAUGGUUGUUAUUUAAAUAAAUGUAAUCUGUGUUGCAUUA